AAGUCUUAAACUUUAUUUUUUUUAAAUCCAAUAGACACGUUACUUCGGCCAACAUAUCCCGGCCAAACGCCACCCUUUCUCUCUCCUCCCCCUUCCGAUUCCACAAAUAUUUGAUUCGGAUGUGGUCUGAUUUUUAGGUCAGAUUUUGCAGAGCUCAGAUCGAUCACGCAAUUAGGUCAAUAUCAUGGAGAAAAAACUAUUUUUAACUUGAAUUAACUCCGAUUCGAUUUCCAGUAGUGAUGAAUUCUAUGUUCGGAGAUACAACGUACACAAAGGUGUUCGUGGGUGGAUUAGCAUGGGAGACUCAAAGCCAUACAUUACGACGUCAUUUUGAGCAAUACGGUGACAUAUUAGAAGCCGUGGUUAUCUCCGACAAGAACACAGGCCGUUCGAAAGGCUACGGUUUCGUAACUUUCCGGGAUGUUGAUUCGGCGAGGAGAGCAUGCGGUGAUCCUAAUCCGAUUAUAGAUGGUCGCCGUGCUAAUUGUAACCUAGCUUCACUCGGUCGUCCUCUUCCUUUCCCUCCUUAUGGUCCUUCUCAUCAGAGAUCGCCGGUUCCUUCUACGUUUGGAAGCCCUAGCCCCAGGGGUACAUACAGUAGAAGUCCUGCCUAUAAUUAUCAAUUCCCCUCCUAUGCUUACCAUCAACCUGCUGCCUAUUACUAUCCUCCUUACGGGUAUGGAACUUAUGGGGCUGAACAUCCGUAUCCUCAGGGUGUUUAUAAUCCUUAUGCAGGUCAGCAAUAUAUUCAGGUUUACGGCAUGCCAGGGGCGGCGGCUGUUAAUCCUGGAGUAAGCUCACGUGGACAGUUUGCUCGACCUUAUCCUGGAAUUCAGGGGUAUUCCGCUGUCCCUUAUUAUGGUAAUCCUGGCCAUCAAAUUGUACAAUCUGGUUCUCUUUCCAAUAGACCAGCCUCAGCUUCCAUUCCCUCAAAUCAAGCACCACAACCUUCAGAUGCUGGCCAGGCACAGAUGACAUUGGCUUCCAACUCUCCUCAAUUCACUAGUGGCUCUGAUCAAACAGCCAGUUGAGCAGUUGGCAGUGUUGGCUGUAGAUGAUCCGCGUAUUCUAGCAUGACAAACAACAUUAAUACUGCGGGCUUCAGCUCCAGCCUUGGAAUUAGUUGUGUUUUAGUUCUUAAGUUCAGCUGUACAAAAUACUGAAAUGACAAGAAGUCGUAAAUAUAACCGAGUUCUUAGGCCACGGCAUGCCAUCCGCAGUCAUUGUCCACUCAUCAGCAGAGAUAAUUCAAAGAAUUGUGGCUGUCUGAAGCCUAAAAGUUAGAAAGUGAAAAAAGCAGAGAUCGUUGUCUAAUGUCUACAGAACGUGUGGUUGCUGCCAUGGCGCAAAGUCUAAUUGAUGGUUCCCUUCCAUGAAAUGCAAAUGUGUAGAUAUGUAAAUGUGUAAAUCCCACAACUUGUAAUCAAAAUUUGAUUCUUUGAUUGUCCUGAUCCAGGGUAUGGAUCUAUGUUCAAAUCAUAGGCUGCAUUGCUAGCAGACUAAAGAUGUAAAUAUGGUCAAUGUAUAUUUCUGUAAAUAGAAUUCAAGUCAUUCUUCUUA